GCUGCCUUUCCCUUCACCAUGACAGCAGAGGCGAACUCUUGGUUCGCGAGUCUUUCACCUUAUUCUAUCACUACAUGGGCGGAGAUGAAAAAGCUAUUCCUGGAGCAUUUUUUCCCUCCCACCAAGACGAAUGCGCUGAAAAAAGAAAUUAGUGGAGUGAAGCAGGAGUACGAUGAGUCACUGAGCACAUACUGGACUCGAUUCAGGAGGUUGGUGGAUAGCUGUCCAAACCACAAGUUUUCUGAGGGCGACUUGCUGCAAUACUUCUACCAAGGGAUGACGGUAGAUACCAAAAAUUUGGUGAAUUCAUCAAGUGGAGGAGCAUUUUCUCAAAAUACUGUUAGUGAAGCAAAACGGUUGAUUCAACACUUAGUGGAGGCCACGAGAGAGUAUGAGGAACCGCGCAUCCAACUGCUCAAGAAAGCUGCUCAAGCAAGUUCGUCAGACUUUGAGGAUAAGUUUGAAGAGAGGAUGGGUAGAAUGGAAAGAUUGCUAAGUACUGUGGUGGAGAAGGUGGCAAAUGCUGGACAACCGACAGAAAAACCAUGUGGAGCGUGUGGUAACUUUGGCCAUACAAGUUUGCAAUGCGCUGGGGGCGACAGAGAUCUUCAAGCCCAAGUAAACUCGUCUCACAACUUUUACAGUUGUUCUGAUCCACUGCACCCUUUGCCCAAACGAGACCCCUACUCGAGCAACUACAAUGCGCCGUGGAGAGAUCACCCUAAUGAUCGUUGGAGAGACCAAAGCAAUCAAGUGCAGCAGCAGCAGCAAGGCUAUAGACCGCCUCAUCAAAGAGGAUUCCAACAAGCACCAUCACCUCCACAAGAAAAUCAAGGAAAAGCUCUUGAAGAGAUGAUGAGAGAGUUGAUUGGCUCACAACAAUUGUUGCAAAAUAAUUUGCAAACAACCAAUGAAGCGGUGCUAAAACUUCAACAGUCUCAAACAGAGCAAAGGGUUCAGAUCGAAGGGUUGGCUCGUCAAGUGUCUCAGCUUGCAACGUCCGUGAAUCAACUCAAGGGCCAUCAAGGCAAGUUACCAUCUCAAGUCCAAUUGAAUCCGAGGGAGAACGUUAGUAUGAUCACUUUGAGGAGUGGCAAGGAGUUGAGUGAGCCCACAACCCAGAAUUCAAAGGAGUGUCCGAGCAAGAAUUGUGGAGUCAAAUUCAGCGUGGAAAAAUUCGAAAAUUCUGGAGGCAAGGUGGAUUCUGCAAUCCAGAAUACAGAACAGUUCGGUUUGGCCAAACAGACCAGUGAUCCGACAGCUGGGCAGAAAGAACAAGAAACAGAGCACAAAGUGGUUAAGGGUGAGCAGUCUAAGGUUCAUAAACCUUCGAGUCUACAUGAUCCCGAGAUCGAGAUACCUGUUCCUUUUCCUAGGAGGUUAGCAAAGAAGAAGCCGGAGGAAGAGCUAAUGGAUUUCAUGAGGAUAUUUGGGAAGUUAGAGAUUAAUCUUCCUUUCCUCCAAACACUCAAACUCCCUCAGCUGAGCAAGUUUCUGAAGGACUUCAUCGCUGGAAAGUCUAAGAAAUCUGGAAAAAUUGUGAUGAGCGAGAACGUGUCAGCAGUGAUACGAAAAGAGUUGCCGCCCAAAUGCAAGGAUCCAGGUUCUGGACAUACGGACUGUUUGCCCAAACGGAAGCCACGCGACAGAAAUCUGCAUUUUGAUGUGGAACCACCCGACUUAAAAGAUAAGUGUGUGGAUGAGCUUCGUCUUGAAGCUUAUGACGCCGCGAUGUGGUAUAAGGAUCGCACCAAGAUGUGGCAUGACAAGAACUUGCAAGGAAAGACAUUUACAGUCGGCCAAAAGGUACUUUUGUUCCAGUCAAAGCUGCGGUUGAUGACCGGAAAAUUGAAGACGAAGUGGAUUGGCCCCUUCGUGAUACAGUCUGUUUGCCAGACGGGGCGUUUGAGAUUCGUAGUUUAGACACGGCUAAGAUAUUCACCGUGAACGGACAACGUUUGAAGCCGUACUAUGAUGCCUCUUCUUUGGUUCCAGCGGAGUCUGUUUCGCUGUUGCUUUCGGGCACGUUUUGAGCAUUUGAGAAGUCUAGCCAAAGACUUUAAAUAAUGGCGCUUAUCGGGAGGCAACCCGAU